AUGGGAGAUUUAAACACCAUUUCUGAAGGCGUUAUUUCUAAUAGUAAUACACACUUGCCACCGACUAGUCCUAAACCUGAUGGCUCGACUACAAAUCGUUUUCUUAUCGUUAAUAAUGCUACUGAUGCCCUUCAACAAUCAACUUUUACAAUCUUACCGAAUCAUUUGGCUUGUCCAUAUGAUUUUUAUCUUGGAUCCGGUGCGAAUCUAAAUCGACCUAGUAUCGAACAAUACUUACCUCUUCCUUAUCAAAAUCUUAUUCAGCCCAAUAAUUUUCGUCCUGUUCUUCCUGCUGCUGAUAAUACCAGCCAAAAUCGUGACCUUAGUACUUUGGAUUCACGCAAUACAAUCGAUUCUUCACAUAUUAUAAAACAGCCAACGACUCCAUCUAAUGCUGUUUCUACUGCCGCAAUUUCUCAAGCUCCAUUGUUAUCCGAUUCUCCAAUCUAUUGUUCAAACAAUUCGAAUGCGAUUAAUAAUUUUGUUGCUGGAUCGAGCAUCAGUGGAAAUGGGGCAAGAAUUAACCCACUUACUGUCUCAUCAUUGCUAAGGUUUAAUUACUAA